AUGGCGCAGGCUGCCCAGAUGAUCGGAACGUUUGCACCUGACUUCGCCCUGGAGGUGAUCUCCAGCACGGGCGACAGGUGCAAAUCUAAUCUUCUUACCUUCAAGAAGCCUGGACAGGCGAUGGUCUUAGACUUUUUCGCACCUUGGUGUGAGGCAUGCCCAAAGGCUGCUCAGCAUUUGGAGCACCUGGCGGAAAGCUACGGAGAUCGUUGUGACUUUGUCUUGAUUUGUGUAGAUGGCUCUUUGGAAGAUGCUUCAGCCUUCGCGGAGCAACAUGGCAUCACCCGGUGUGUGGUGGCAUCAGUUGUGGAUGAACAUGCGCCUGAGAGCUACCAGGUUUCUGGUCUUCCCCAUCAAUCACUCAUUGCACCAGAUGGCACUGUGGUGCGAAACUAUGAGGUGAGUCUCCCGGAGGACUUGGACGCCGUGCUGGACUCAAACCACUCACUGGUCACAGUACCGAAGAAGAGCACCGUCUCGGACAAGUACAAGGAGCUGGAGAAGAACGACCCCUUAUUGAAGGAAAACCCACGUCGCUGGGUAAUGUUCCCGCUUCAGUACCCAGAGGUAUGGGAGAUGUACAAGAAGCAUGAGGCUUCCUUCUGGACAGCCGAAGAGAUUGACCUCGCUCAGGACAACAAGGAUUGGUUGAAACUUGCCGAGAGUGAGCAGCACUUUGUGAAGCACGUCCUUGCUUUCUUUGCAGCUAGUGAUGGCAUUGUGCUGGAGAAUCUGGCCCAGCAGUUUUCAUCAGAAGUGCAAAUUCCUGAAGCCAGGGCAUUCUAUGGCUUUCAAAUCGCCAUGGAGAAUAUCCAUUCGGAGACCUACUCACUUCUGAUUGAGCAGUACAUCAAGGACCCCAAGGAGAAAGACGAUCUCUUCGAUGCGAUCCACACGAUGCCAGCAAUUCGUGACAAGGCAAGUUGGGCGAUUCAGUGGAUGAAUCGUGAGAGCAGCUUUGCUGAGCGCUUGGUGGCCUUUGCUGCUGUCGAAGGCAUUCUCUUCAGCGGAUCCUUUUGUGCAAUCUUUUGGUUGAAGAAACGAGGCAUGAUGCCUGGCUUGACCUUCUCCAACGAGCUCAUCUCGCGGGAUGAGGGGCUUCAUGCCGACUUUGCCUGUUUGUUGUACGGCAUGCUGCAGCACAAGCUGCCGGAGGAGGUCGUGCAUGACAUCAUACGGGGUGCCGUUGAUGUGGAGCGGAAGUUCAUCUGUGGAGCGCUAUCUUGCGAUCUCGUUGGCAUGAACAAGGAUUUAAUGACACAGUACAUCGAGUUCGUGGCUGAUCGUUUGCUCACGGCCCUUGGCCACAGCAAGAUCUUCGGCUCAGCAAAUCCAUUUGAUUGGAUGGAGUUGAUCUCUCUGCAGGGCAAGACCAACUUCUUUGAGAAGCGCGUGGGUGAGUACCAGAAAGCAGGAGUUAUGGCAGGCAAAGAAGAAUCUUUGACAGCAUUCACACUCGAUGCUGACUUCUGA